CCAUAUCGCUUUGAGAACCAGGGCUGGAACUGGCUGUCGGGAAUUAUAUGAAGUACUGGACAUAUAUACAGCUGAUCACAUCCACACAAAACAGCAAGAACUUGCCCUUCCCAAACAUGGCCGGAUCCGGAGUCUGCGACUCUGCAACAAUAACUUCCGCCACCUACUGCGACUGCUUCGUUUCCCAUGGUUCUUCGCGCCUCGCCUGCCCCCCCUAGUGGUAACUACUGCGUCGAUCGUCCAAGAACCGGUGGCAGUGGGGCAGGAGCCUCGACCGUGGAGGGUGAAGACAGUGGCAUAUUGCAAUUGUAUUGCUUAGAGGAGCGGAAAUCGGUAAUAGGAAAGAGCAGACGCCUAUAGCUGGAUGUACUAAAAAGAAAUUCCUUCAGACAUGGCAUCUCGCAUCGGGCUUCGCAUGCAGCUAAUGAAGGAGCAGGCACAACAGGAGGAGCAGAGGGAGCGGAUUCAGAUGCAACAUCAGCAGCAUUUCCUGCAGCAGAAUCACAUGGUGCCACCAGCUGCUACUCCUGCAAUCAGCACCCCGGCAUCUUUCCAACCACCCCCGCCUGUCCCAGUAGAUGUCCUAAAGGUUCAGACUCACCUAGAAAACCCAACUUCAUAUCAUUUGCAACAGUCUCGCGACAAGAAGGUUCGGGAUUACCUCUCUGAUACCUACGGAAACAAGUUUGCUUCCCAACUGAGUCCCCUGAGACUUUCCCCGAAGCCCCCACCUGCUCCCUCCUCUCCUGCCCACCGUACUGCACGCCUCUCUUCCUCGGCCGGCAAUAGUGCGCCCAACAGUCCCAUGGCCAGGCUUAACUUGUGCACAAAUGCAGAGAGGGAGAUGGAUGAUGUCAUUGAUAAUAUAAUGAGUUUAGAUGACAUGUUUGGAUACACAGAGCCUGCACUCUCAAUGCCAAACACGCUUCCCUUUUCCAGCAGUCACUUGGGACUGUACAGUGAAAACUCACUGCUCUGUGACACUGUUGUGGGAGUCACAAGCAAUUCAUGCCCUGCUGACCUAGCGAUUAAAAGGGAAUUGACUGAUGCAGAGAACAGAGCAAUUGCACGGGAACGUCAGAAAAAGGACACACAUAACAUGAUUGAAAGGAGGAGGAGAUUUAACAUCAAUGAUCGGAUUAAAGAACUAGGGACACUGAUUCCAAAAACUAAUGAUCUUGACACACGCUGGAAUAAAGGCACUAUCCUGAGGGCAUCUGUAGAAUACAUCAAACAUAUGCAGAAGGAGCAGCAAAGGAGCCGAGAGCUGGAGGCACACUCUAAGCAGCUGGAACAGGCUAACAAGCAACUGUGGCUGCGGAUUCAGGAACUAGAAUUGCAAGCCCAGGCACAUGGUCUCCCAACUGCUUCUCCUCAAAGUUUGAACCCACGUGAUCUCAUAAAACAGGAGCCUGACACAGUUCCAGAUCUCCAGCAGCAGCUAACAGCUCCACCACAACCAACCUACCAGCAGCAGAAGCUGGAGUUUCCCACAGACCUCUGCUACCAAAGCACCACUUGUGCAAACUCUUCUUUUCCUGAUUUAUCCAGGACAGAUCUGGACCUCAUGCUGAUGGAGGACACCAUGCUGACAUCUGAUCCCAUUAUGACCUGUGACCCACUCAUGUGCACCCUGUCCCCUGACACUUCUAAGGCCAGCAGUCGGAGAAGCAGCUUUAGCAUUGAUGAGGUUGAUGGACUGUGACUGUGACUGUGGAUAGACACUGAACCCUGAGUGUUUUAAAAGAGUGUAUGGGCAGUGGCCUCUUAAUACUGUCUUAUUUAAAGGACUGUUUGGACAGCUAUGCACCAUUUUCAGAUCACUUACAUUGAUCUGUAUGCACUGAGAAAUGCACACUUUUAAGUAUAAUAAACUUAACUAGUCCCUACAUGCAAACAUACCAUUACAUAUAGGUACAUAAAGUUCAGGGAUGUAAUUUGAAACGCAGAGAAACAUGUUAAAUUCCAGCAAGAAAGGAUGACGCAUGCAGCUGCCAUUUGAAACGUGCAAACAUUUUUAAAGGUGUUGUUCCGACUAAAGCUGUGUGAGAAUGACUCUACCGUAAAGGCUACAACUUAGCUGAGACAGCAAUAUAUGAGACGGUGAAACUUCUCAUUAGCUGAAGUGCUUUGUGAAAGUUAACAUUGUGAGAGUUAACAUUGGAUAAAACAUAUUACGGAUUCUUAUAGUGGGCAAAUGCAUUUAAGGUUUCCAUGGCAGCAUCAAUAACACAUUAAUUACUAACUAUUGUUAAUUUAUGUAUAUUGCUGUUUCAAUUGUGAAACAAUUGAAACUCAUUUGUAUCUAAUAUGUUGCCUUGAUAUUCUGUGAAGAAGCUCAUAAAAGAUUCCCAUUUCUUAUCUGCAGUUCUCAGUAAUGUAGGUGGAACUACCAAAACUAGUUAAGAAAUAUGCUAAGGACCCCCAAUCAUUUAUAGACAAAAGUGUAUUGUGACAUGGAUUUGUCAUGUUCUAACAUUAUUAGGUUUUGCUCAAAUUAGUAAUUUGCAAUAUACAUAUAGAAUCUACUGGACUUACUAUAACAUUCAGUUGAGUUUUGCCCUCUAAAUAUUAACCCUUGACAUGAGCCGACAGUGCCUAUAAAC